CCACAUAUCAUCAUUGUCAACAUUUCCCAAAACUUCUAUCUCUCUCAGCCCCACAUUUUUGUGCUCAACUCAAAAAGUUUCUGUAUGAGCACAAUUUUUUUUUGGUCAAGUUUCCCCACUAAACAACAAGUUUUUCUUGAUUGAUUUAAAAAUUUGAGUUUUGGGGGUCAUUUUCUUUGAAAUUUGUGUUAUUUUGCUUCCAAAGAUUGAAUUUUUCUGUAGUGAAAAACAGAGAUGAGUGGAAACCCAUGUCCAAAAUUCUUUAACUCAAUGACCCAUUUCAGUUUUUUCAAGAAAUUCAAGCGUUUGAAGCCUAUUGAGCCAUUGUUAACACUUUUUGGGUUCUUGUUUUUUGUUCUUGGCUUAUACUUAUUUAUCUUCUUGUUAGAUUAUAGAACUGUGGAUACUACUGGUUCUCACUUGCGUGGGCCUUCUUUUUUUGUUACAUGGUUUGGUCUUAAUGAUUCUUCUUUAGUACUAAAAAAUAGUAGUAGUAGAAGCAGAAAUGAUGAUAAAGUGGGGUUUCUUGAAAAUGAUUGUGAUAUAUUUGAUGGGAAUUGGGUGUGGGAUGAGAGUUAUCCGCUUUAUCAAUCAGAAGAUUGUAUGUUUUUGGAUGAAGGUUUUCGUUGUUCUGAGAAUGGUAGACCUGAUAAUUUCUAUACCAAAUGGCGUUGGCAGCCUAAAGAUUGCAACUUGCCCAGAUUUGAUGCAAAACAUAUGCUAGAAAAGCUGAGGAACCAGCGUGUAGUGUUUGUUGGUGAUUCAAUAGGGAGAAACCAGUGGGAGUCUCUUCUCUGUUUGUUGUCUUCUGCAGUUUCUGAUAACAGCUCUAUAUAUGAAGUUAAUGGUAGUCCGAUCACAAAGCACACUGGUUCUUUAAUUUUUAAGUUCAAGGAUUACAACUGCACGGUUGAGUACUAUCGAGCUCCGUUCCUAGUGCUGCAGAGUCGUCCGCCUUCUCGGGCUCCUGGAAAUGUUAAGAUGACCCUGAAGUUGGAUCAGAUGGAUUGGAGUUCUGCUAAGUGGAAAGAUGCAGAUUUAUUGAUUUUCAACAGUGGUCACUGGUGGAAUAAUGAGAAAACCAUUAGAGGGGGAUGCUAUUUCCAAGAAGGCGGAGAGAUUAACAUGACGAUGAAUGUGGAGACAGCUUUUCAGAAGUCAAUUGUAACAUUGGUUGAUUGGAUAGGUCGUGAAGUGAACAUGUCCAAGACUAAAAUAUUCUUUCGUACUUAUUCUCCUGUACACUUCAGAGGUGGAGAUUGGAAGACCGGCGGUAGCUGUCACCUGGAGACAUUACCUGACUUAUUAUCACCCCAAGAGUCAUUGAGGAACUCGUUUGAAUAUAUGACGGUCAUUCAUGUCCUAUCACAGCUCUCGAACAAAUCAAGGACUCGGAAUAUGAGUUUACUGAAUGUAACAGGCAUGACAUCUAGAAGAAAAGAUGGUCAUUUGUCUUUGUAUUAUUUAGGCCCUAAGGUGGGACCAGUUUCUCCCCACAAGCAAGACUGCAGCCAUUGGUGUCUCCCUGGUGUCCCUGAUUCAUGGAAUGAGCUUCUCUAUGCAAUCCUCCUCAAACAGGAGUUAGCUCAGGAAAAAAUCUCCAAAUAUACUUCUCAAUUCUCGGAAUGACAGCAGAGAGGUCAAUUCAAGUGGUGCACCAUCCCGGUACCCUUGCAGCUCACGGCCAUUAGAAGUUGUACUUUGGAGAGGAAACUUGAGCCAGAACAAUCAAAGUGUCCAACGCUCAUUGUAUCAAAUGAAUGUGCCAUUCUUCGAGAUCAAUUUGAAAGUAAAAGGACAUCCUCACAUUUAGUCAAUGGAGAUCCUUCCUAGGUUCCAGUUUCAGUUACAUUUAUCAUAGAAUUGUUUUCCUGAGUUCUUUUAGUCUGUCAGCACUCGGGAGGUCUUCAGUUCACGAAUAUGUCAUGUGUAAAGAGCAUCGUGAACUGUAUAGAUUUAGAGACAUUUUACAGUUUGACAAAUUCAGUGUGUAAAUACUGAUCCUCUUUGAUAGUUAAGAAGAACAACUAUGCAAUGAUAAUUUGUAUAGCCAAUUACAAUGUAUUUAGUUGUUGUUAAUGCAUCUUUCUUUUA